AUGCAUAUAAUAAAAUUAGACACGCUCCCAUCCACACAGCUUUACUGCCUUGAGAGAGUAAAUGAUCUCCCCAUACCAUCCGCAGUUAUAACAGACAAGCAAACCCAUGGCAUAGGAAGAAGUAAUUCCAAUUGGGUGUCUUCUGAAGGGUCCCUUACAUUCUCUAUAAUUAUAGAUAUAAAAAAUAAUUUAAAAAAUGCAUCACUUAUUACAUCUAGUGUAAUAAAAAGUGUUCUAAUAAAAAAUUUUAAUAUUUCAGGUAUUGAAAUAAAAUGGCCAAAUGAUUUAAUUAUAAAAAAAAAUGAAAAAGAGAAUAAAGUAGCAGGAGUUUUAGUUAAUUAUGUAAAAAGUUCUAGUAAUACUGAGCUAGCAAUAAUUGGUGUAGGGAUAAAUCUUAUACCGUGUAACAACAAAAGUAUCCAUUAUAAAACCAUAAAAGAUCUAACAAACAAAAAUAUUGAUAAAAAUGAAUUAUUUAAAAUUUUAAUAACGGAAAUUGAAAAAGUUUUUUAUAAUAAAAAUUUUUAUGAAAAUUUUUACAACUGGACAGACUAUUUCCCAUAUAAUUAUGUUAUUUAUAACGGCAUUCCCUGUGAAAUUUUACGGGUUGAUGAUGAUUUAUAUGUAAAGUACAAAUCAGAAACAGUAAAAUUACAGAACAGUUUAUAUUCGUAUAACAGAACAAACAACACAAUAUAUAAUAAGUAAUAUAUAAUACACAAGCAGUAAUAAGUAAUAAUAUAAGUAAUAAUAUAAUAUAAUACACAAAUAGUAAUAAGUAAUAUUUAUUACACAAAUACCAAUAUAUUAUUAUA